AUGAGCAACAAUCGUAUAUAAUCUUUGUUAAGCAUAAUAAUUUAAAAAAUACAUUCAAAGUAGAAAAUAUAAAUAUUGUUGGCAAAUAUAAAAUUAACAGAAAAUUUAUGUUAAAAUUGCUAAAAUGGUUUGAUAUAUUUAAAAUUAGAUUAAAAUGUAUAAAAAUGUAAACUAAAAGAAUUUUUUCUAUACAAAAACAAUUGUGGAUAAUCUGGGUGUUUAUUUGUAGAUUAAAGUAUAUUAGUUGAAUUGGUUGACAGUAUGUUCAUUUCGAAUAUUAAUAAUAGAAAUGGAGUAACUAAUUUAUAAAUAAAUAAUUUUAUUGGGAAAAAUCUUUUUUAUUUAAGUAAUAUUGGUAUAUUUGGCGGAGGUCUAAGUUAUAAAUCUAUGAAUGAAUUAAGCAAUUUGAAAAAAAUUUUUUUUAUAAAUAAUUCUGCAGAUGUUGGAGGAGCAAUAUACAUAGAAGAUACUAGAGUAUCACCUAACUCAUUAUCAUAAAUACUCUUUUUUGAAAAUUAAGCCAAAGAUCUAACUUAAAAUGUUAGAGAAUAACCUAGUCAUUUAUAAUUGUCAGUGUUUGGAAAGAAUAUCAUGACUAUUCGGGAUUUAAAUUUAGGUAGGCCAAAUUUUACAAAGUAUAAUACUCAAAAUUUUAUUUAUAUUCCAAGUGGAUAAAAGAUAGGAUAUUAUGAAUAAUCCUUAUCAAAUAAAGAAAUUUUUAAUUAAAUCUAUAAUUUAAAACUUUAGAUUUUACCCAUUAAUACUUUAGGUGAAAUUUAAAUUAAUUAACUUAAUUCAGAAUGCAUACUUGAUUUAUCAGAAUAUGUUAACUACAAAAAUACAAUCAUAACUAAAGCUGACUAAUAAAUUUAAAGAAUUUCUUAUAAUAAUAAAAGUCAAUCCUAUGAUUUAGAAAAUCAAACUAUAAUUCUAGAUCCUUAUUCAUAAGAAAUUAAAUUUUUACGAUUUAAAUUUAUGUGUAAUUGUAUAAAAAAUGAAAAUUAUACUUUCUAAUUCAACACAAAAAGUUUUGCUUGCAAAAUGGGAGAAUAUUAUUUUGAUUCUCAGUGUUUGUUGUGUGAUUAUAAGAAGGGCUUUUAUUCUGUGGAAUUUAAAGCAUAAAAUUGUUAGAAAGUAGAUCCAAAAAUCAUUAAAUCUAAUACAAUAAAUAAUAUCGAAUUAUAACCUGGAUAUUGGAGACCAAAUAUCAGAAGCCAUUAUAUUUCUAAAUGUUUGAAAAACAUUAAAAAUUGUUAAGGAGGAUGGAAAACUGGAGACGAUUUAUGUAAAGAAGGAUCUGUUGGGGCUUUAUGUGAAGAAUGUGAUAUUUAUAAUUUUAGAGGGUUUGGUUAAUUUUUUAAAAGUCAGAAUUAUUAAUGUAUACUUUGUGGUGAAUAAGCUGGAGUAAUUUUGUCUAGUUUUUUUACACAUAUAGCGUAAAUAAUUGAUUAAUUUUAGAGCUAUUAUUUCAAUAUAUUUGACUGUCAUCAGUGUAAAUAGUAUCUUUAAAAGUUUUAAAUUACUUAGAAACGCAACAAAAUAUUACAAAAUCAUAUUUUAUAGUAAUUUAGGUAAUUUAACUUAAACUUCUUUAGAUUAAUCUGCAGUUCUUAUUAAGAUGAUAAUUAACUAUUGUUAAAUAAUAGUUAGUAUGAAAUCAUUUUAAACAGAUUUGUACCUCAAUCUUACAGAUAUUUUAUUACCAAUAAGUAAUCCUAUAGGAAGCUCGACCUUUUCCUAUGAUUGUUAUUUCGCCACACAAUAAGAAAUUAAAAUAAUUUAUCUAACUUAAAUAAUGUAUUUAAUGUUACCAGCUUUACACUAUUUAUUCUUUUUAACUAGCUAUUUAAUUUUAGUUAUUAAUCAUAAGAUGCAAUUUUCUUCAACAAUAUAUAUUACAGCCCUAAUCUAUUUAUUUUUUUACACAUAACCUAACAUAAUAUAAUAAUUUGGAGGGUUAAUUGCUAUGAGAACUAUAUCGAAGAUUGAUUAUAUCAAAAUAAACACUUAGUAUUUAUAUCAUACUUAGGAACAUUUAAAUUGGAUUAAAUUUUUUAUUGGUCCUGUUUUAUUUAUUUUUGGAAGCAUCAUUCCAUUUCUAUUAUUGAUUAUACUCUACAAAAUCAGGAAAUAUAUUAAUUUAGAGCAAACAAGAAAAAUAUGGGGUUAUCUUUUUAAUGAUUACAAAGAAAAUAGUUAUUAUUGGGAAAUAAUAAAAAUAUUUUAAAGAGAAUUGAUAAUGUUGUCAUUAAUAAUCAACGAGGAAAGAUUAAUCAUGAAAAGUGUAACCACUCUUAUCGUUCUGCUUGUGUAUUAUUUAAGUAUGCUUAAAUUUCAGCCUUAUUAUGUUAAAGCUUUGAAUAGGUUUGAAUAAGAAAGUAUACUUUUGUGUGGAAUAAUCAUUAUUUUAAAUUCUCUGAAUUGUUAUACAAUGUUGACUGAAUCUUUAAAUAUUGAUUUUCUCCUUUAGAUUUUAUAAAUUAUUUUUUCUAUUUAUUUUAUCUUCACCAUAAUCAACAAAGUUAUUCAAGUUUAUUACGAAAAAUAUGAUGAAAUAUAUGAUUCAUUUAGAAUAAAAAUAUUAUAGAGAUUUCCAAAGAUAGAAUAAAUUUUUCCUUCUUUAAGAAAGCUUCUGGUCUUAAGAAGCGAAAGAAAGUAGAUUGUUCUUUUUAGAUUUCAGCUAAUUAAGAAAAAGAUAAUAAAAAAUUUUAAAUCUUAAUAAACAGCAAAUAUACGUAGAAUCUUUAUAGCUAGUCCAUUAGUCACGGAUUUUGGAGAAUAAGCUUUCAUUGUGAAUAAACCAACUAUCCUAUUCUGA